AUGGACCGAGACCAUGGCCCCGCCGCGGCGCAUGGCAUAGACGACCCGCGGUCACGCAAGGGCCGCCUAAUGGGCAAGCUCUUUGGCGGCCGCGACCGCAAAACGUCCAACGAGCUGCGUGAUAGUGGCGGCGACGACGAGAUCAAUGCCUUUCUGCACGGGCCGUCCAGCGCGGCUCCGAGCGCAUCCUCUCCGCGCUCAUCUACCACAGCGAGGCCUUCAUUCGACGGCUUCCAAGUGGCACAUUCGGCACCGCCCCAGCUGACCAAAUUAGACACACGAGCCAUAUCGCGCUAUCCUAAUGCCGUCCCCGUUACAGGUGCAUCUCACAGCCCAAUAUCUUCCAGCCACUACACACCGAAGCAGAGACGCCCCGGCGUUAAGGGCCUGGCGGUUCGGUUUGUCGAUACCUACCCGGAGAUUAUUGGCGAGGGUGGUGAUGAGUCCGACAUACCACCAUCGGAAAUUGGCAGGUGGCGACGGACAAACAGUGUCCGGCAAGCGCGCCCGCAAGUCGCUCCGUUGCCGAAUUCCGACACCUCUGUACCAAUGUCUGCCGCGUCUUCUCGUUCCCUGCCUUUGCGAUCACCUCUACCGCCAAUCCCACCCCAAAAUGCACCUCCACAACAACAGCAACGACCUUUCGACAGCGACAACUUCGUACCACCUCCCAUUCGUAGGACCCAGACUGGCUACUCUACAAUCUCUGAGCCGUCGCCGCGGGAAGACCACCGAAGCGUCUCACCGGAACGGAAACCGCAGGCCGUGCCGGAAAAGAUACCCGCCAGGCAAUUAGCAGUUGAUCCGUUCCUUGGUGAUCCGUCAUUAGGCCGGGAUGAGAAACGCCGGUCGUUUAUCGAGAUUCACCAAGCAGAAAUGCGUGAGGCCGAGGGUCGAGCUCUGCUCCAAAAUUCACGAGAUGGCGUCAGCCCGCCGUCGAGCCCCGAAGUCGAUCAAAAGAAGCCGGUAUCGCCCAUCAGGUACUCGCCCACAAAGAUGACACCACCGCCCUCUUUGCCGCCUCCGCGGAACCCCCGACACGGCAUUACGCAGCCGGCUCUCGCGCCCCAAAACACAGAGGCUUCCCCUAUUCUACCACCACCCUCAACGGCGUCCACCCCCGACGGCAGUUCCUUCGCCUCUCGCGCCAGGCAAGCUGCACAGGAGUACAGUCCCCCGUCGAUGGCCUCUCCAACUUCUGCCGUGCAUCGGGCUUAUGGUUCCUUCCGCCAAAAUGCCAACAGCCGACUAUCGAACAGGGAGCACGACGACGACUCUGCAUCGGUCUACUCUGCGACGUCUGGUGGCUCUGCAACCUCGCCUCGACCACCAAUGGCCGAUCUUCACGACGUCGUUCAGGCUGCUGGAGAUGACGCUAUUAAUACGUUUAUUGCCCGGUCUCGCCACUUGUUCGAGUUGUUCCGCUUGCAAUCUGAGACAAUACACCCUCUUUCAUCCAGUUCCGCUGAGGAACUGGCCCGCGCCGCCUUGUGGUGGUUUAUCAUCGGCAGAAUGGGUCUCGAGAAUGCGUUUCGAGAGCGGUCAGCCCAAGGUCCCGGUGCCGACUCGCCAGUAUCGCGGGCCAACGAAGCUGCUAUGCAGCAGGCCUUCGCUGACUUGGCCAAGUCAUACUGGCUAGCUGGCGAGAUUUUGCUCGAUGUGCCUUCGCCUGCUGGUGGUGAGCCUGAACAGGUCCGUACGGCUCUGCUGUACAACCUGCGCAAGCUUGCCGUUUCCAUGAAACGCAACAAUAUUUUGCCGCCUGAGGACGCCUUCCUUCCAGCAAUCAUCGAUAAGACAAUCUGGGCGACAUACCCCCCUGUCAGUUCCGAUAUUAUCGCUCUCUUGCAGGGCAACUGGACGUCCAGUCUGGCUGCGUCGCCCGUCUCUGGUCCUCGGAUGGCAAUGCUCGAGUCACUGCCCAUUGCAGACACCGCUGAUGACUUCAUUUUCAGCCGGAUGUGGGCAGACGUGUAUCUGAUGGAGAAAGACCGAGAGUCGUCUCCGCACCCGUCGAGCAAAUUUCAUUUUCCUUGUAUGCUGAGCGUGGCUCGCCCUCAGAGCUCUGCAAUGCUGGAGAUUGUGGUCUCCAGCCAAAAUGAAAAUGUGCAGUUACGUGUUCAAGGUCGAAAGAAUCCAGGGCCCAACUGGGAAGACGUACGUUGGCGGUCCGAUCUUUAUUCGCUUGAGGUCCGGCUACCGCGCGGUUUCAUUCUUGCCAUCCAACUGUCCAAGCAGGACUAUGGUCUUUUGUGGAGCAUGUAUGAUUUUGGCUCCAAGAUCCAUAGUCAGCUCUACCCACGCAGUGGCGAGAACCCCAUCUUCCGCUCAACGCUCAAGGCGUUCCAGUACUUUGAAUCUUCUGCGCCAACCGGCAGUUUCCCCAAGGAGGCUGUACCCGACUGUGAUGUGGCUCUGUUCUCAAAGACGCUACAAGAGAACGCGGCAACGGGGCGGCGCUACUACCACCGAGGAUUCCGCGUUGCUGUCGUGUCCGGUACGCGCACCCGGACGUUGUACGGCAUAUCUCAUUCCUACCUUCCGGACGUGCCAGUGCAGUUUAGUUUCUUACGGGGCGACCAGGGCGACCCGGCGUUGCUGCUACGCUUCGAAAAUAACCGCACAAAGGGCAGCAUGGUCCUCACCUUCGGCCAUACUGACGAGCGCGCCGAGUUUCAUAGCCUCUUAACUGGUACAGCCUUGCAGCCCGACGAGCAAGUUACCGCUGAUGUUCCUUUCUCAUCACUAGACAUGCGCGUUGCAUCAAAGGGUGGUGCGGUUGCCGGCGCCAGUAGCAACAAGGCUCUCGCAGCUUUCAAACAACUGGCGUUCAAGCGACUGCGGGUGAUCAACGUCGAUGACGGUCUCGAUGGAACGAAACCACCUACCGUCCUUGCCGAGCACCUGCGGAUGGUUUUUGAAUUUGGCGACUGCACCGUGGUCGACCGUAUUAAUGCAGCCCCAGGCGAACUCAAGAUCCGCCUCGAUGUACAGGACAACACAUCUCUGGUCCUCGUGCGCCAGGCGCAGCAGGACUUUACCGUAGCGGUGUCAGACGUGCAGGUGCCGAGAGAAAUUGGCCGCGGCCUGGCUGAUGGCCUGCGCGUCGCCAAGUCCUAUCCGACGUGCCGGGCGUUGCGUUUCUCGACCCUCACAGACCUGCACGUUGUCCAGCAAGCCAUCACGGGCUACAAGGUUCUGUUUGAUGGCGUGGCCACGACAUUUGGCAUUGCACGGCGCCGCAUGGUUGUACCCAUCCACAAAAAGUGGGAAGCAGGACACACGCGUAUUCAAGUGGUCGCGAACCCAGACACCAAGGUCGUCCAGCUUCUAGCGUUCUUCCAGGACUUCCACUACGGCCACUGCAUGAGCUUCGUUCUGAAGGGAACCGACGUGUUCGAGGCCUUCGGCCGUGGCAGCAAGGCUGGAAUAAAGUUUGACGAUGCCAAGUUCCCGCUUCCGCGCGUUCCAAUUGCCGACUCGAGCAAUGGAGGCGGCGGUUCAGACAGCGGAGCUAGCGGUGGCGGUGGCGGCAAUGCUGAUGACCGAGUCAUGAGCCACAGUGAGACUGCGUUUGUGUGUCUCGACAUGCCCGACCUACCUGGCGAGCACGACGACAUCUCCAUCUUGUUCGACAAGGAAACAGGUCAGUAG